CCGAAUUCCUCCGGCGUCGUCGCUCCCGACUCACCACUACUAGGUUUUCCUCCUGCCGCCGCCUCCCCGACCGCUGCCGCAGCUGCUCCUGCUGCCGCGAUGCCGACGGUGAGCGUCGGCCGCGACCGGCUCUUCGCCGCCCUCGGCCGGACCUACACGCAGGAGGAUUUCGAGGCGCUCUGCUUCGAGUUCGGCAUCGAGCUCGACGACGUGACGACGGAGAAGGCUAUUAUGAGGAAGGAGAAGCACCUUGAGGAUGACGGCGAGGUGGAGGGCGACGACGAGGUCAUCUACAAGAUAGAGGUCGCCGCCAACAGAUACGAUUUGCUAUGUCUUGAAGGGUUAGCAAGAGCUCUUCGUGUUUUCACUGGGACUGAAGUAAACCCUGUAUUCCGAAUUUCUUCCAUCCCUCGUGGUUCAAUGCUUCAGAUGCAUGUUAAACCACAGACUUCACAAAUUAGACCACACGUAGUUUGUGCUGUCCUAAGAGGGGUAACUUUUGAUGAAGCAAGAUACAACAGCUUCAUUGACCUUCAAGACAAACUCCACCAAAAUAUAUGCCGGAAGAGAACUCUGGUUGCCAUUGGUACCCAUGAUUUGGAUACUCUGGUAGCUCCCUUCUCAUAUGAGGCUCUACCACCACAUGAAAUCAACUUCGUCCCUUUAAAGCAGGAGGAAAGCUUCAGAGCUGAUAAACUGAUGGAAUUCUAUAAAUCAGACAUGAAACUGAAGAAGUUUUUGCAUAUAAUUGAGAACUCUCCAGUGUACCCAGUUAUCUAUGAUAGCAACAGGACUGUAUUAUCGUUACCUCCUAUCAUCAAUGGUGCACAUUCAGCUAUCACCCUUACAACAAGAAAUGUCUUUAUUGAAUGUACAGCUACUGAUCUUACCAAAGCAAAGAUUGUUCUGAAUACAAUGGUUACCAUGUUCUCUGAGUAUUGUGAGAAUAAGUUUGAAGUGGAACCAGUUGAAGUGAUACAUCAUGAUGGCAGCAAAACUGUUUACCCUGAUCUUUCAUGUUACAGAAUGGAGGCUCCAUUAUCUGACAUUCUUGGGCCUAUAGGCAUCUCCCUGGAUGAGAAACAGGUUGUUUGUCUUUUAAACAAAAUGCAACUGCAAGCUGAAAGUCACUCAUCGAAGGGCGAGCAUCGGAUUUCAGUAUCUGUUCCUCCAACAAGAAGUGAUAUUCUGCACGCUCGUGAUUUGGUGGAGGAUGUUGCUAUAGCUUAUGGAUACAACAAUGUGCCAAAAUCGAAGCCAAAGUGUAUGACAAUAGGAGGAAGGCAACCAUUAAACAGAUUCUCCGAUAAAAUUCGUGCCGAGGUUGCAAGAGCUGGUUAUAUGGAGGUGCUCACGUUUAUCUUGUCUUCACACGAAGAAAACUUUGACAUGUUGAACAGAACAGAUGACAAAAGUAAAGCAGUCAUUAUCGCAAACCCUCGUACUUCCGAAUUUGAGGUUGUAAGAACUAGUCUGAUGUCGUGUUUACUGAAAACACUGAAACAUAAUAUAGACCAUCCAAGACCCAUAAAGAUUUUCGAAGUUGGUGAUGUAAUGACGCUGGACCCGUCAUGUGAUGUUGGUGCCUCUAAUAAUCGGCGGCUUGCAGCUUUGUACUGCAAUAGGGUUUCUGGAUUUGAGGAAAUUAUGGGAUUGGUGGAUAGUAUUGUCAAAAUUGUCAGAGCUCCGCAUGUCAAGUUUGGCGAGAAGUACUAUGUUCCUACAGAUGAACCUGAGUUCUUUCCGAAAAGACAAUGCAAAAUUGUUACAAGUGAUGGCAAGCAGGUUGGCUACUUAGGAAUUGUCCAUGCUGAGGUGCUAAGGAAAUUCGGCAUUCCGGAUCCCUGCACAUUUGUCGAGAUGGACAUUGAAGCCCUGUUGUAGUGCCGUCAACAGUAAACAAAGGAAAGCCUGAAGCUGGUACCUGCCACCAAUUGGUUUUGUUCAGUAAGCAUGCAUUGGGGUACCACCAAGAAGUAGAUGAUAGAUGACCCGAGCUGCAAUUUUGUGAUGAGGUUCACACCUGCAUAUGUUUUUUUACUGUGGGAAAGAGAAUAUAAGAAUAUCAAACAGGCACCCCGCAUAAUAUUCAGGGAUUGUUUUCACCAUGUUUCCAUUGUGAUACCUCAUUUCCUAUCCCAGUGUUCCAUUAAAAGUAUAUCUGGUAUGCUUUUGUUCACAAUCGAAAAGUGAUUUCUGCUCA